AUGGGUGCUUCGCUACCAAAACGUUCGCUGAUGACGCCAUUGUCAGUGGACGUUCGGGACAGUCGUAGUGGCUCACCAGAACUAGUUCCGAACGGUGUCUCUUUGCCACUGUCGUCACGUUCAGCUUCGAAUCACUCGUCGUGCUUCUCAUCACCGACCCCCGUACCACCUCAUCAUCAGAAACGAUCUCGUAAUUGCUCAACCUCCCAACUCCUUUCUCCAACUCGUUUGAAUGGUUCACUGCUGAAAUUGAAUGGUGUUCGUAAAGGAUCUGCUGAGGUUUGUCAAUGUGAUUUUUCGCCUCAUUCAACCUAA